AUGUAAAAGUUUAAUGGAGUUCGAUCUUUGGUGAAUCUGAGUAAAUUCAGAGCAAGCGAUCAUCACCUCAAAGCCAGUCAUCACCAACCAAACAGACCAGAUUUAAUGACUAAAGUCGACAUUGAUAAAUAUAGAGUUUUCAUUAACAUGCAUCCAGAAGCAAAAGAGAGAUUUUUUGCUACUUACACUUGGUUACCCAAAAUCACACCCCUCUACAAUUCAACUAUCGUCAAAUAUAUUGCAACUUCAUUCUCAAGUGUCUAAGCUGAAGCUGUUUCCGAUGUCUAUUUCCCACCUAAGCUUCACGAGAACGGCAUCAAUAUAUACACCUCAUACAGAUUCGGAAAACCCUUCAGAUAUGGUAGAUCCUUAGAAAUCGUGGGAGGAAUCUUCUUCUUAACUACUAAAUAUCCCCUCUAUUAUGCUUUGGUUGCCCUAUUUGGCUACACUGUUGGAUUCAACGCCUACUUCUAUGAACUUACUAGAAGAACAGUCAUCAGAAUGGAUUUAUUGCCUCAUACACAUUAGAUUGCAGUUCAAAAAGUAGGUGCUUUUGGAUAAUUGAUCACCAAAUUGCAUUAAAUAUCUGAUUUAGAGCAUGUUGAUUUUUCAGAGCAAGAAAUAAAAGAGAAUUACUUUUGGAAUCUCCAUUACCACAAAUUGGAUAGAAAUCUAAUCUUCAAGGACAAAUCGACUGGAGAAUAUCUCACUUUUGACUCUGAAGGAUGGUGGGAUAGAUAAGCCUUAGAGCAUGAAUUGCUUAAUUGAUUAUGAUCAAUAAUAUAAAGAAUUCAAUAAUAAAAUUUAUAUAUAAUCAGAUC